AGUGAGGGAAGGGGCGCAGCUGCCGAGGGGACCGAGGGUGUGCCCGUUCUGCGCUGCUCGCCUCGGAAACCGCCUUCAGUUUCUCAUGAGGCUGAUGCUGUAGUGCAAGGAGAAGCCUGAAGCCAUCCAUCCAAAGCUUUCAGGGUGUCGGCAUCACCCUUCAGCGGGGCAGAUUAUACCUGAAAGAAGAUUUGUAGAAGCAAUAAAUCGUCAAGCAUAUCAGUAUGAAAUGGGUGACUUUCCAACAGAAUGGGAAGCAUGGAUAAGGAAGAAAAGAAAGGAUCCACCCACAAUUGAGGAGAUUCUCAAGAAUGAAAAUUACAGAGAAGAAAUGAAACAGAAAAUCAAAGAUGUAUCCGAAAAGGAUAAGCUGCUUCAGGCCAAGGAGUACAAGGAGGGACUUGUUGCUGAACCAGUUCACACUCACGUUAAAGGCCACGCAUCAGCCCCGUACUAUGGGAAGAAAGAGCCUUCGAAAGACCCAACAAGCACUGCGAGUACCUUUCAGCCAGGCUCCUGGAUGCCGCCAGGCAGUGGUAGUAGUCACAACAAAUAAAUGAUUGUAAUGUACAGGUACUGCUAAUGGAUAAAUAUUUUAGCAGACAACGUAAACAGCUGUUAUAUGUAAGUGAGCGUGCAAUGAAGUAGUAUUCAAGCAGUUUCGUUUACUUUUGCAGAACUGUUCAAAUAGGCUUGACCAUGACAAACUACUGUAAAAUGUUUGGGUUUAGUGAAAAACAGGAUGCGUUACUAAGUAAGUUUGUUUUCCGCAGUUGCUGUUCAUCAGUUACUCGUGAAAUCAUACAUAGAAGGUUUUCCAGCUAACUUAAUUUUCUUAAAUGAUUCUGGUUUUUCCUUGAAGACUCAUUUAAAAUUGUUCUUGAUGUAAUAAAUUUUAGCUAACCAGUACACUUAUAUUUUCCCAAGCCUAGGCAUUAGUUUAAGGUAGCUCUUCAGAGUGCUUGUAAAAUUCCCUCGGCAGUGCUGGCCUGCUUUCCUCUGGCAAGUGGACGGGGAAGUUGAUUUAAUUAACAGGAGUCACUGUGACACUACGCUGACUACGCACUGUAUUAAUCUUACAGACAUUCUUGUCACUUAGAUUUAACAAAACAAUCAACAGAUUUGAGUGAUGAUUUGCAGCCAGCAGUAAGCACAGGACAAAAUCAGGCUGAGUUAAACUACAUAUACCUACUGUAGUAGAGGCUAGAAGCACUUAGAAUUCUGUUUCUGGAAAAUAACUUGGGGUUUGGAUCAAGGGAUUGUCAUCAAUACUAAAAAAAAAAAAAUUCUUUUUUAUUUCUGAUGUAUGCAGGGACUUCCCUAAGUGAUACAGAUCUAUUUGGCCACUGCUUAGAUACAUAAAAUGUGCAUAUUAUUUGCUUGGAGAUGAUGUUUGAGAACUUCAAAUCAAAAU